UAUUAAAAAAAUAGGUCUUAGGCAUGUCUUGGAUUGCUUUGGGUGUUGCACAAAUGCACUACACCCCAAGCGUCGAGUCAUUGCAGUGCAUCAAAUCGCUUUGGGCAAGAAGAUAAUAUGUAAUUGGUCACUUCUCUGCCAGCUGACGUGAAAAUGGCUUACGUAGCUGCGAAGUAAGGCAAUGUCGCACUUGACAAGUCAGAGUGCCUGGGCAAUGCAUUCCGGAUAGUACCUAUUGUACCUUAGUAGAAGUCUUAAGGGGUCCUGCUGUUCCUGCUGUCUGGCUGGUUUUUCUAGGUACAGGCCUACUAUGUCGUGCACCAUCAUCAGCUUGUGAUUCGCCGAUCUUACCGCUUGUCGGAGGGGUCUAGGGCCAACCAAAGCUGGCUAGAACUUAAUCGACUAGGAUUGCGAUACCUCCAACCACAUACACAACUUCUUAUCAGUUGCAUGUACAAUACAUCUUUCUGCUUUUUUUCUUCUUCUUCUGACAACGUUCUACAGAGGCACAUCAACCUCUGCCUAAUUCAUCAUUAACCCCAACCGAGUUAUCGAUUGAGGUCGCAUCCAUAUUGAAAGCCUAGUAACGCGCAAUCUUCAAUUUGGUAUCACUACUUGGGCAUCAUUGCCACGAAAGAUGCCUGAGGUAAACGCCGCUCCCGCCGGGGAUGCUCGGCAAGAGCAGCAAGGCUCGAUAGUUGGAAAAAUCGUCCAGGGUUUAGCUAUAUGGAUUGGUAUGCAAUUGUUGAUGAAGCAGUUGACAGGUGGCAGUAACAAGACUCAAACGGCCACCGUUAACGACGCAUCUGGCAAUACUGUCCAGGUUCCUGCGAAUAAUGGCGAGAUACCCCCCUACCAGCUUCGUCCGCAGACUCUCGAUGAAGGCGCCGUGUGGAGCUCUAUUCCGCAUCGGCUUGCACCCAUCUGGCCUGAUGAUAGUGCUGUCGAUAUCAUCGUUACGCUUUCGCCAUCCUUUAAGCCAACCAAGAUCUCUGAUGUGCCGGAGGAGUAUGUGGUACUUAGCGAGAAGAAGUUUAAGCUAAGCAACUCGAGUGACACUCGCGUCGCCGAAGGUACCUUCAAUGUACCCUCGGCUGUUCAGAAGAAUGGGACUCUUUGGGGACACUUCUAUGUUGGACUGACGGGAGCUAAUCUCGACCCUCACGAGCCGGGAUUCGAUCCCGCUAAGGCCUUCCAUUUCGUGUACCCCAUGACGCAAUAUAUUCCAAAGAAGAAGGAAGCAAAAACCCGUAACUUGCUAGAGGGACGGCCUGAAUCAGAAGCAGAAGAGGAACCCGAACAGCAAGUUGCUGGACCCAUCAUCGCAAAUUACUAUCAUCCCAACACCAGUCUAUCAUUUAUUUCUGGUAUGGGUGUCUUGUCGUAUCCCCAAUUGCAACCGGCUGUCAGACAAUUCGUUCAACUAGAGGCUACAGGUGCUCGUGAUGGGUCCGGACAGAACUCGUGGUAUUACCCUAUUUUAUACGUUAAUACAUUCUGGCAACUCAAGAGUCAUAUGACGCUUCUUAAUGAAACGGUCAAAGCCCUACCCAUACGCCUCGACCUAGGUAACUUAAAAGGCUUAUAUUUCAACCUCAUGGCCACGAUGGAUUUCAAUUCCAAGCAGCAGCAAUUGCAAGCUGCGUAUGAUGCUCCUAUGCCAGGUGGCGGUGACGGUAGCGAGAUUGAAAUGAUCAAGGAGAUGUUCUUGGACACGAACCCCUAUCUCAUCGGCGUGACGGCAGUGGUGAGCAUUGCCCAUCUCUUCCUUGAGAUGCUCGCGUUCGGAUCCGAUAUCGCCCAUUACCGCAAGAAGAAGGACAACGUCGGUAUCUCGGUUCGCUCUAUCCUGGCUAACGUCUUUAUGCAAACUGUUAUCUUCCUAUACCUAAUCGACAACUCCCAAAAUACCAGUUGGAUGAUUCUCGCUACCCAAGGUAUUGGUAUCUUCAUCGAGUUCUGGAAGAUCACUACGGUUGUGCAUGUAAGAAUCCGACCAGCUCCCCCGGGAUCCUUAAUACCGUAUCGGAUCGCGUUUGAAGAUAAGUAUAAGCUUAGUGAGACGGAAGAAAAGACGAAGGAGUACGAUGAAAUCGCGUUCAAGUACAUGUACAUCGCCGCGGUUCCUUUACUCAUAGGCUAUGCCAUCUGGUCUCUGGUGUACGAAUCUCACAAAUCGUGGUACUCGUACAUCCUCACGACCUUGGUAGGAUCCGUGUACGCGUAUGGUUUCUUGAUGAUGGUACCCUCGCUUUAUAUCAACUACCGACUUAAGAGCGUUGCACACAUGCCCGGAAAAGCAAUGCUUUACAAGUUCUUGAAUACCUUUAUCGACGAUCUUUUUGCCUUUACCAUCAAGAUGCCGUUCUUGUACCGACUUGCCACGUUCCGAGACGAUAUCAUCUUCUUCAUCUACCUAUACCAACGCUGGGCGUACAGAAUUGACUAUAGCAGAGUUAACGAGUUCGGCCAAGGCGGCGACGAAGAGCCCGAGGAGCCUAAUGCCGAGCCUAAGUCGUUACCCAACGCCGAAGCUGUUGCCGAGAAAGUGGAAGCCACCGCAAAGGCCAGCGGUGCGGAUAAGGGUUCAGCGAAGAAGAGGAAGUAGAAAAAAAGGAUGCUAUUUGCUGAAAAUAACAUGUGUCUGUGCGUCUUGGGGAUACGAAACCAUGAAUGUUUAAUGUAGACAGACAUAUAGAAACGAAAUACCUCACUAGACGGAAUUGUCCGAAGAGAAGGUACUCUAAUUGCACUCAAUAGUUAUAUUGUGUCGCACAUCUUAAUAAUAUUGUUUUGCAUAUAAUUGCAUGAGUUACUUGUUAUGAAUUUAGUAUGAAG